GCCAGGCUCCACCCCUCUUAGGCCUCAUUUAAGGGCUGGCUGCCACUGAGGAAGGAUCUCUUUGUGGAGAUCCCUUCUUGCUGGAAAUUUUUUGCUGUGAGCCCAGAAUCUAAUGAUACAGGUGAGCUAUCUACUUCCCUUCUUUUAUAGCACUUUGCUAUUGCGCUGGUCCUUCCACCUCUUUUGUAACGCCUUUUCCAUCGUGUUGGUCCUGAUUGCUGCAGCUUCUCACACGCCCUCGUUCUGCAUGGUGUCCCAGAAUUCAAGGCUAUUCCCACUGGGCAACAUCUCUCGCGGUUCUGCAGGCCCAGGGACGACGGGGAGAAUCGGGCUACGCGUCCCUACGGGCGGCGGACGCGGGAUUCGAACCCGCGGCUCGCUCAUACUGCGCCGUCGAGAGAGGGGUCGGUCCUCCCGGGCCAUAGAGAGAGGGCGGGAGAGAGCGGCCGGGCGCUUUCCCGCCGGCAGCGGCGGUUCCCAUGGAGAUGGAAGAUGGCGGCGAAGAGCCGCCAGCGCUCCUCGGCCCCGCUGCAGGUCCUGCUCUUCCUCAACGGCUGGUACAGCGCGACCUACUUCCUGGUGGAGGCGUUUAUCUUCGCCUACAAGGUGCUCCUGCUGCCGUACCCGCUCACCAACCUGCUGCUGGACGUGCUGCUGCUGCUGCUCUACCUCGGCACUGAGGCCACGCGCAUCUUCUUCGGUUCCAAGGGCAACCUGUGCCAGCGCAAGGUGCCGCUGGCCGUCAGCUUGGCCCUCACGGUGCCGGCGGCCGUCAUGGCGGCCUACUGCCUGCUGCUGCAGACCUACGCCCUGCGCCUGGAGGCCAUCCUCAGCGCCAUCCUCCUCAUCUUCUACGCCGCUGAGCUGCUGCUGGGGACCCUGGCGCUCGCCUCCUUCUCUAGCAUGGAUGCGUACUGAGACCCCACACCAGAGGAUCACAGCAGCACAGGUACGCGAGAUGGCAGCGAGCAGAUGGCACAGGCUCCAUCUCCCAGCCCGUGGCAGUGAGCCAGACCCACGCUGGCACUCGUGGACAUUGCCAGGGGUGUGCUCCCUCCUGCCUCACUGGGCAGCACCUGCUGCCACCUGGCCCCGGGGCUUGUGACACGCAGGUCAGUUCAAGGUACAGAGAAUUUUUUUUUUUACAGUGUUGUCAGAAAAAAAUCGCUAUUUUCCAAUAAAUAUUUAUUUUUACCUGGUA